CACUUGUUAGCGGCGACCUCCCGCUGGGCCGGGGCGGGCGAUGCGGGUGGUGCGGGCUGCCCCCUCCCCUGGCCCGCGUCUCCCGGACGGCUGCGGGCGGCCCCCCCGGCAGCCGGAGGGCUCCCCAGCUCCAAACUGACGGCGGCGGCCGCGGUGGCGGCGGCGGCGGCCACAGCAGCAGCGGGAGCGGCGCGGGGACCGAGCACUCGCUCGCAGCACUCCGGCCCUCGCCCCCACCCAGCUCCAGCCGGAGGGUGGGGGGAGGCGGAGCGCCAGAGGGUGGCAGUUCUCGGCCUCCCGGGUCUCCGCUCCGGGAAGCUGCUUCGAGCCGGGGUGUUGUUGCUAAUGAGCUCUCUCUCCUCCCCUCUUACAAUGAAAGACAAGCCUGGAUGGAUUGAGAGCUGAAGCCCCAGAAACUCCAUAGUAAGUUGCCGGUGGUUACCAGCCAAGGUCAGCGGCCCCAUUAGUGCCUAUCCGCACCAAAGUAGAGCCAAACAACCUUCUCCCCAGUUAACGCCUCGGUAGCGUUUGUGUUUUUCAGUCCAGUGGCACAAUUGUUGUUACUUUCAACUCAUAUGAAAAGAAAUCUCUUUUAUUGGUCUGAGACGCCAAGUCCAGUCCCAAAGAGGAACACGUUUCCUGCUAACAUGUACACCUCCUGAUUUUAUUUUAUCUUUACAAUGCAGGCCGGAGGGUUGUUUUACAGUUGUGUUGAGCACAUCACACAUUAAGGGCCCUUUAAAGACCUGGAUUGAUUGGAAGGACAAAAAUUAAAAGCAAUCUGAUCUGGCCUCACGUCAGAUCCCUGCGACUUUUCUCCAUAUCCCAUUUCCACCCACUGUCACAAUUUGAGCGUCUGCUUGAUUUGAUCAGACUCACCUCUGGGAGAGGUGUAACGCCAAGGUUAGGAGGACGCCAAGUUAUGGGCAACUUUUUGAUCUGCCCAUCAGCAGUCUGAGAAACGCUGGCUCUGAAUUUUCUGUAUCAGCCUUUUGGAAAAAACAAGUUCCUUGCUGUUUUGCAAACCUGCAGUGCUCAGGUCCCUGGGAUAUCCCGGCCACCAUUGCUCGGUAGAUGUGGCAUUUCCAUGCUGAGGCCGCAAGUCGCUGCCUCUCCAGGGCCUCUCGGGGCCACGCCCCUGCGGACCUCGCAGUCAUGCUGCACCUGCUGGCUCUCUUCCUGCACUGCCUCCCUCUGGCCUCUGGGGACUACGACAUCUGCAAAUCCUGGGUGACCACCGAUGAGGGCCCCACCUGGGAGUUCUACGCCUGCCAGCCCAAGGUGAUGCGCCUGAAGGACUACGUCAAAGUGAAGGUGGAGCCCUCGGGCAUCACGUGCGGAGACCCACCUGAGAGGUUCUGCUCCCAUGAGAACCCAUACCUGUGCAGCAACGAGUGCGAUGCCUCCAACCCGGACCUGGCCCACCCACCCCUGCUCAUGUUCGACAAAGAGGACGAGGGGCUGGCCACAUACUGGCAGAGCGUCACGUGGAGCCGCUACCCCAGCCCACUGGAAGCCAACAUCACCCUUUCCUGGAACAAGAGCGUCGAGCUGACAGAUGACGUGGUGGUGACCUUUGAGUAUGGCCGGCCCACCGUCAUGGUCCUUGAGAAGUCCCUGGACAAUGGGCGCACGUGGCAGCCCUACCAGUUCUACGCAGAGGACUGCAUGGAGGCCUUCCAUAUGCCUGCCCGCCGGGCCCGGGACCUCUCAUCCUCCAGCGCCCACCGGGUGCUGUGCACCGAGGAGUACUCACGCUGGGCAGGCUCCAAGAAGGAGAAGCAUGUCCGCUUCGAGGUGCGGGACCGCUUCGCCAUCUUUGCCGGCCCUGACCUGCGCAACAUGGACAACCUCUACACACGGCUGGAAAGCGCCAAGGGCCUCAAGGAGUUCUUCACCUUCACGGACCUGCGCAUGCGGCUGCUGCGCCCGGCGCUGGGCGGCACCUACGUGCAGCGGGAGAACCUCUACAAGUACUUCUACGCCAUCUCCAACAUCGAGGUCAUUGGCAGGUGCAAGUGCAACCUGCACGCCAACCUGUGCUCCAUGCGUGAGGGCAGCCUGCAGUGUGAGUGUGAGCACAACACCACCGGCCCAGACUGUGGCAAGUGCAAGAAGAACUUCCGCACGCGGUCCUGGCGGGCUGGCUCCUACCUGCCGCUGCCCCACGGCUCCCCCAAUGCCUGUGCCGCUGCGGGCUCCGCCUUUGGCAACUGUGAGUGCUACGGCCACUCCAACCGCUGCAGCUACAUCGACUUCCUGAACGUGGUGACCUGCGUCAGCUGCAAACACAACACGCGUGGCCAGCACUGCCAGCACUGCCGACUGGGCUAUUACCGCAACGCCUCCGCAGAGCUGGACGACGAGAACGUCUGCAUUGAGUGUAACUGUAACCAGAUCGGCUCCGUGCACGACCGGUGCAACGAGACGGGCUUCUGCGAGUGUCGCGAGGGCUCGGCGGGGCCCAAGUGCGACGACUGCCUCCCCACGCACUUCUGGCGCCAAGGCUGCUACCCCAACGUGUGCGACGACGACCAGCUGCUCUGCCAGAAUGGCGGCACCUGCUUGCAGAACCAGCGCUGCGCCUGCCCCCGCGGCUACACUGGCGUGUACUGCGAGCAACCCCGCUGCGACCCCGCCGACGAAGACGGCGGCCUGGACUGCGACCGCGCGCCGGGGGCCGCCCCGCGCCCCGCCACCCUGCUCAGCUGCCUGCUGCUGCUGGGGCUGGCCGCCCGCCUGGGCUGCUGAGCCCGCUCGAAGGAC